AGUUUCUUGUUCUUAAGAUUCUAAAUUAUUGCUCAUCAAUUAUUAUAUUAGUCAGAAAUCACAUGACCUCAAAUGAGGACACAGAGUGGCAAACAAGAAAACAAAAAAACAAAAACAAAAAAGAAGACAACAUGCACCAUUGUCUUGAGCAGUCAACUCUACACAUACAAUUAAGAAGCAUGAAACAAUACACACCUUCAAGUUGAUGUAGCACUAACUGAGGCAUGGAUAAUGAUCAACUCCUUUCACCACCAUGUCCUCCUCCUCCUCAUCGCCGGAGACUUGGUGGCUGGAUCACCUUCCCUUUCAUCACUGUGGCGAUGAUAGGGACUGGGAUUGCCACAGGAAGUAUGGCAAACAACCUGACAGUGUAUCUGAUUGAUAUGUUCAAUAUGGGCAAGUUAAAUGCUGCUCAGAUUUCAAGCUUUGUUGAUGGUUGUCUUAACAUUGCUCCUCUUCUCAUGGCUAUUGUUGCUGACUCUUGCUUUGGUUCCUUUCUUGUUAUAUCCACUUCCAUCAUCUCUUCCUCUCUUGGAAUGCUUCUCUUCUUCCUCACUGCAACUGUCAGCUUGUUAAGACCAUCUUCAUGUUCAUCCAUUGGUCCUUGUGAAUCUCCAACUUCUUUGCAACUUGUAGUUCUCUACACUGCCAUAACACUAUGGAUAAUUGGGGUUGGAGGAACAAGGUUGAAUCCAGCCACAAUGGGAGCCAACCAGUUUGAUAAUGCUGAUGAUCAGAGUAUAUUCUUCACCUGGUAUUUGUUCUCAUUGAAUGUUGCAGCACUGGUUGGAAUUGUUGGCAUUGUGUAUGUUGAGGAUAAUGUUGGUUGGGGAUGGGGUUUUGGUGUCAGUGGAGCUCUCACUGUUGCUAGUCUUGUUCUUUUCAUCUCCGGCCGGAGUUUGUACUGCCGGCAUAAGCCUCCUCAUGGGAGUCCAUUCUCUGCUCUUUGGAAUUCAAUGCUGUUGUCUGUGAAGAGGAAGAUGAUGAAGGAGAAGAUGGUCAAGUUGGAUGAAGGAGGUGAUAACUUUUGUCAUUACUCUACAAUUGGUGAUGAUGAUGAUGUUCAAAGUUUGCAAGAUGAAAUUGGAGAUGAUCAUGUCCCUAAAGCAUCAUCAGUUCAAUCCACAAAUCAUCAUCUUCAAGACUUGAAAACAGCAGCAAAGAUUUUUCCCCUUUUCUUCUCAUCAGUACCUGUAGGCAUUUCCAUGUCCAUGCAAACAACCCUCACAGUCCUCCAAGCUCUGGUCAUGGACCGCCACAUUGGCCACUCUUUUCAAAUCCCCCCAGCAUCAAUGCUCCUCUUCAAUAUCUCGUCCACAGCUCUUUUCAUAUGCAUCUUUGACAGUGUAGUGUUCCCGCUCUGGCGACGCUUAACAAACCACACUCCGACGCCACUCCAGCGCAUCGGCCUUGGCUACAUUCUUUGCACCAUUGCCAUGGCAAUGUCUGCACAAGUAGAACACACAAGACUUGAUACAUUGUCAGACAAGCCAAUGUCUGUGUUAUGGUUAGUGCCUCCAUUGCUGCUUAUGGGGUUAGGUGAUGCACUGCAUUAUCCGGGAAGCAUGACAUUAUAUUACCAAGAGUUUCCGGCCUCCAUGCGAAGCGUCGCCACUGGUAUGGUGUCUUUUGUGCAAUGGGUUUGGGUUCUACCUAAGCACUGCAACGAUCGGAAUUGUCAGAAAGUUCACCUACUGGUUGAACGAUGA